CCCGACCUCCUCCAUCCUCUCCAGCCCGGCGGCGGUGACUCGGGGUCUGGACGCUGAUGCCACGGGACGGGCGGGUAUGGAGGCGGCGCGCUGCGCACCGGGACCCGGCGCGGACAGUGCCUUUGAAGAUGAGACACUGAGGCUUCGACAGCUGAGGCUGGACAAUCAGAGGGCGCUGCUGGAGAAGAAGCAGAGAAAGAAACGCCUUGAGCCACUUAUGGUACAACCAAACCCAGAAGCCAGGCUGCGGCGGUUAAAGCCACGAGGUGGUGAGGAGCACACGCCUCUGGUGGACCCUCAGACGCCUCGCAGCGAUGUCAUCCUACAUGGCAUUGAUGGUCCAGCUGCUUUCCUUAAGCCAGAGGCUCAGGAUUUGGAAAACAAGCCUCAAGUUCUCUCAGUGGGCUCCCCUGCUCCAGAAGAGGGCACUGAAGGAGGUGCAGAUCGGGAAAGCCCUGUGGAGACUUCCCCGAAGCCAGACCUUCAGGAGAUUCUCCAAAAACACGGCAUCUUGGGUAGCGUGAACUACGAUGAGGAGACUGACAAUGAGGGAGAGGAAGGGGACAAUCUCAGCUCCCCGUCAGCUCAGUCAGAAAGAGAGAGUUCCGCAGCCGGCCAGGAAGCGGCCUCGGAGACAGGGGCUUCCGGUGUCACAGCCCAGCAAGGGGAUGCCCAGCUUGGAGAAGUGGAGAAUUUAGAGGACUUCGCAUACAGCCCUGCCCCUCGGGGUGUCACAGUGAAGUGUCGGGUAACCAGGGAUAAGAAGGGCAUGGACCGUGGCCUCUUCCCCACCUACUAUAUGCACCUGGAGAAGGAGGAGAAUCGCAAGAUAUUUCUUCUUGCUGGUAGGAAGCGGAAAAAGAGCAAAACAUCCAACUACCUGGUCUCCACAGACCCGACAGAUUUGUCUCGUGAAGGGGAAAGUUACAUUGGCAAACUCAGAUCCAAUCUCAUGGGGACCAAGUUCACAGUGUAUGACCAUGGUGUCAACCCAGUCAAGGCCCAGGGUCUGGUGGAAAAGGCCCACACCCGCCAGGAGCUGGCCGCCAUCUGCUAUGAAACCAAUGUACUGGGUUUUAAAGGUCCUAGGAAAAUGUCUGUGAUCAUUCCGGGGAUGAAUAUGAAUCAUGAACGCAUCCCAUUUCGGCCGCGAAAUGAACAUGAGAGCUUGCUUUCAAAGUGGCAAAACAAAUCCAUGGAGAACCUGAUUGAGCUGCACAACAAGGCCCCGGUGUGGAGUGACGACACCCAGUCCUAUGUCCUCAACUUCCACGGCAGGGUCACUCAGGCGUCAGUGAAGAACUUUCAGAUAGUCCAUGGCAAUGACCCUGACUACAUAGUCAUGCAGUUUGGACGUGUGGCUGAUGAUGUGUUCACACUGGACUAUAACUACCCGCUGUGUGCACUUCAAGCCUUCGCCAUCGGGCUGUCCAGCUUUGACAGCAAGCUGGCGUGUGAAUGAGGAGCAGCAAGGAGGAAACUUCCACACCACAGAGCCUUCAGGAGCAGAAAGCGGCUGCCGUUGACCUGCCCCAGCACAAGAAGAGCAGCAACAGUCUGCUCCUUUCGGGGAUGAUCGAGUGCGUGCGUGCGUGCGUGUUUAUACACGUGGACGCAUGCUUGCACACACUCGUUCAUGCCUUCUCUGAGCUUCAGAGACCACAUGUGGUCUUCAGAGGGGGAGAGAUGGCUUAAAGCGCAGGGAAGUGGACACCUGGGCACACUGGUGACUCCUGACUGCACACAACAGACUGUGACGAGUGUAGCUUCCCUGUGCUCAGGCACUCCCAACAGAAUCAGGUUCUCAUAUUAAACACUUGGGCCUCCUUUUUUGAAGACCCUUGCAAACAGGGGCUCUUCCCUUGGAUGCCUUUGGCUUCUAAGACAGGAGCCUGCAGACUUGCCAGCCAGUGGUCUGACAGCGUCUCUUGCACUGUCUCCAGUUAGCAUCUUUAGCACAAAAACAGCCAUAGCCAGUUGGUGCACAAAGACUGUAGCUGUGUCCCAAUAAAACUUUAUUUACAAAGUGGGCAUUGGCCUAGUUUGGCCCGUGACUCUGGUUUGCCGGCCUGCCUCAGUGUGUCCUUAUACUCUGAAACUGGAGUGUCUUCCAGAACAUAAGUAGAGAGAUGGCACAGUUUGCUCUUUAGGAGCAGCAGACUGACUUUAUUUUUUGUUUUGUUUUACUUUUCCCGAGAUAGGGUUUCUUUGUAUAACAGCCUUGGAUGCCCUGGAACUCACUCUGUAGAUCAGGCUGCCCCUGAACUCACAGAGAUCUGCCUGCCUCUGCCUCUUGAGUGUUGGGAUCAAAGGCGUGCGCCCUCACCGGCCGGCUCCAGACCGACUCUUUAAGAGGUACUUGUGCUGAAUACACUCGUGAUCACUUUUACCUCGUGGUGAUGAUGGCUGUAGAGUGUCACCUGCCAUCAAUGCUAGGAAAGCUCCGCCCAGUGGUCAUGUUUUCUUUUCCUGGGUCGUGUGGCACUAGCUUGUUCCUGGGGUCUGAGAGGGCUCUCAUGCCCCAGCCUCCCUCUCCUGUGUCCUUAGAGCAGGGUGGUAGGCAGCGAUCUCGGCAGAGUGACCGGCCAAACUUCUGAAAGUCUUGCUCUCCAGAGUCUUAAUCUAGUGGAAGGGGAGACAGGAUUGCCUCACUGACACUCCACAGGCCUCGCCAGGUCAACUUUGUCCUCUGGCCUUCAGCCUGGCCCAACAGUGCAGACGCCCCGUCACCGAGGCUUUGAGAUCAUGAACACUUACCUGCAAAUCAUGACAGAUUCCUCCAGUUCACCAGCCCAGGAUGGACCUGAACUUGAGAAUUCCAGAACUCUGGCCUUGCCUUCAGUGGUGGUCCACUCCCAGCUGCUUCCCAGCGUGGGCAAAAGGUUGCUGGCUGCUGCUCCCUGGUCCUGCGGUGUGGAGGAGGUCCCUUCCUUCGCCCCUGCACCCUCUUGCUCCCUGCUCGGUAUCAAACCUCUUCAUGAUGGCGGAAGAUCUGGGAAGUGGAGGCCUGUGUUCACCCGGUGUCCUGUCUCUCCCUUCAGAUGUCACUGGUUCUGCCUCAGGCAUGCUUCCCACCAAGUGCCUUGUUCAUAAACGUGCUCUGAAGCCUGACACACCUCUGCCACCACCCACUGUCCCUGCAAGCCACCUCUGUUAAGCAGAAAGUUGUUCAUUUGUCUCCCAUUAAAUGGUGGGGGGACCGUGGGCCACUGGUUCUAAUCUUUCUCUCUGGCUUGGAGAGCUGUAUACUCCUAUUCCAUGGGCUCUGCUUGAAUGUGCAGGUGAUCGGUUUUACACAAAUCAUAUUUAUACCUUUUGUAUGCCAUAUAAAUAAAAAUAAUUUAUAUAAAAAAUAA